GUCAACAAACUCCCCCAAGUUUCUCCUGCGUUGCUUUACGCUUCACGUUUCUUGCCUUAACUUAAUUGUUUGUUUUUUCCCCCACAUAGUCCGAUGAAUGUGUUGUUUUCAACAGAGAUAUGUUGGAUUUCGGGGGUUUAAAUAAAGAGCCCGGGAUAAACAGAGAGCCGCGUUAUGUCAGCGUUGGACAGACCUGCGGCGGAGCUCACCGUCAUGGACGUCUACGACAUCGCGGCGGUGCUCGGCCAGGAAUUUGAGCGGGUCAUAGACAGGUUCGGGUGCGAGUGUCUGGUCGGGGUGGUGCCCCGAGUGGUGCGGGUUCUGGAGGUCCUGGAGGUCCUGGUGGGCCGCGGGGCUGCCAGACAGGAGACAGAGGAGCUGCGCGGGGAGCUGGACAGGCUGCGGCGGGAGAGGAGCGACAGAUACCAGCAGGAGAGGAAGCAGCAGGAGCAAUUGGAGCAGGUAGAGGAUGUUUGGAGGGGAGAAGUCCAGGAUCUGCUGUCUCAAGUCGCUCGGCUUCAGGCAGAGAACAAGAGGUUAAAAGUUAACGUCUCGCUGAAAGAGUCCUCCGCUACAGAGGACGACCUCCAGAAACACGAAGCAGGGAAGUCAAAGAAGGAAAGCCAAGCAAUACUGAAGCUGAAAGACUUGGUGGAGAAACAGAGAGAUGAGAUCCGAGCAAAAGACCACGAGCUUACACUAAGAAACGAGGAUGUUGAAGCGCUUCAGUUGCAGCAGCAUCGCCUCAUCAGAAUCAACCAGGACCUUCUUCACAGGACCGGAGUGAUGGAGGCUCAGGGGAAGGCGCUGAUCCACCAGAGAGCCGAGCUGGAGGCUGCUGCCCAAGCACAGCAGCAGGAGUUCACCGCUCUCCAGCUGGAGGUCAGAAGGCUGAGGAAGGAGCUCAAGGAGAAGGAACUAGAAAGAGAACUGGCAGAGAUAGUUUCCCCUCUUGGAACAAGAUCAGGGACCCCUUCGCCAAUAUCAGCAUCAAUGAAAACUGCAGGGACUUCCAUGUCUGACUGUGACAAACCAAGAUCAGUGUGGGUGGAGUGUGGAGGAGAUCCCAGCUUUGUGGAAAAGUGCCUGCAGUGUGACAAGAGCCUUUCCCUUCUGACAACGUCAGAAAAUAGAACGAAUGAGAAAGAGCUUCCUGGAGGAGAAAACACUGCAGCACAUUUGCUGGAUCACUCAGCUUAUGCUGAGUCAGAGGAUGAGACGGACGGCUCUGAACAGGAUGCAGACAAACCUCGUUUCACCUUACAGGAGCUGCAGGAUGUCCUGCAGGAGAGGAAUGAACUUAAAGCCCAGGUGUUCCUGCUCCAGGAAGAGUUAGCGUAUUACAAGAGUGAGGAGUUUGAAGAAGACAUCAGCACUACUGCCUCUCCUCUUAAUACUCCAUCACAUCCCACUUCUGCUGAUCAGCCUGAAUCAGGAAUAAGACGCUUGAUCUUCACUGCCAUAAUGCCGAUGGUGGCUGCUGGUUUAAUCACAGACGAUCCCACCUUGUUGCCAAUCAGGAGACUUGUUUCCUUCGUAUGAAUGUUUUCAUGCAAAAUAUUUAUUUUACAAUUCAUCUCGACACAAAAAUGAUUUUAUUUGGGAAAAAUGGCUCUGAACUGGAUUUUUGAUUAUACUAGAAAUGGGGCAGUAUUCUUAUUACAGCAUGAUUUUAAUCCAAAAUAUUAAAAUUGAUGUGAUUCCUUUUCCGUAAAACAGAAAUGCAUUAAGUUUUCCUUCUCAAGAGACAAUUUGAUGUCUCUAUAUGUUCCUUGCUUUUGGAGAACACAUAAACACUUUUAAGGCAUCUCAUUAAAUGGGUUUUAAUUCACAAUUGUGCUAUGCCAAAAAUAAAUUUUGCUAGUUUAAAAGUAAAGUUUUUAUAACCUUUGUUUGCCUUAUUAUCAAUAACCAGCCCCUGCCCUGUUUCUGAAUUUAAAGUCAACAUGAAUUAUAGAGUCACUUUUUAAAUGUUUUGGUUUAACUUACGGCCAACUUGGCAAUACUUUAAAUGAAUCCAAAUACUUUACAAUUGAGCAUUUUGUAGAUUACAGUUUGAGUUCUCUCAUACUUUAAUUUUUUUUACAUGCAUUAUCUGAAUUAUGUCACAAAUUGCUCUGGGAAAAGUUUACUGGAUGAUUUAUGAUUUUAAAACAAUUGAAAUGUUAAAAUUAUCAUAUUUAAGUGAUGCUGCAGUUUCCUCCAACAAACCACUUGAAUGCUGUACAAUUAAUAAUUAUAAAAUUAUAUGUAGCAUUUGAUGUCUGCUUUGGAGAACGUGUAAAUUGAUGUCCUUGUGAAUAAAGUAAA